AUGUACAUAGUUUUGCAACAGCGUCUUCUUGUUUCCAAUGGCUUUGGCCUGAAUGGAUCUCCCUCUGCCUCUUUUUCUGGGAUCAGUGCAUCAUUGUCACUUCCCGGCAAGUCCCAGCACCAGCAGCAGCAACCGCCGUCGUUGUCGAUGGCAGGGUUCGGCAGCCUGGCGCCCAAGACGAAGAACGUGGUGGUGGCGGGCGGGCUGACGGGGUUCGUCUUUGGGGUGUACUACUACACCAUGUGGGCGGUGGGCAGCACCGACGAGCUGCAGGUCACCAUCGACAAGUUUGAGGACCUGAAGAAGAAGGAGGAGGCCGCCGCCACAAGCUCCUCCACCCCAGGAUCAUCAUAA